GAGUAGCCACGCGCCCCGAGGGGGCGGGCCAGCGGCCUCCGCGCAUGCCCGGUGCGUGCGCAGUGCCGGCGGCGGCGGCGGCGGCGACGGCGACAGUCAUGGCGGCUCGGUGCGUGAGGCUGGCGCGGAACAGUCUCCCAGCUUUGGCGCUGUCUCUCAGACCAUCUCCUCGGCUGCUCUGCACAGCCACCAAACAGAAGAACAGCGGCCGGAACCUGGAAGAGGACGUGGGUCAGAACGAACAGAAGACAGAUACCCCCUCUCCAGAGAAGAUACUCAUGGACGAGAAGGUCAAGCUAGAGGAGCAGCUAAAGGAGACUGUGGAAAAAUAUAAGCGAGCUUUGGCAGACACCGAGAACUUGAGGCAGAGGAGCCAGAAAUUGGUGGAGGAGGCAAAAUUAUAUGGCAUCCAGGGCUUCUGUAAGGACUUGCUGGAGGUCGCGGACAUCUUGGAGAAGGCGACGCAGAGUGUCCCAAAGGAGGAGGUUAAAGACGACAAUCCUCACCUGAAGAACCUCUACGAGGGGCUUGUAAUGACUGAGGUCCAGAUCCAGAAGGUGUUCACGAAGCACGGCUUGCUGCGGCUGAACCCCGUGGGGGCCAGGUUCGACCCCUACGAGCACGAGGCCCUGUUCCACGCGCCGGUGGAGGGGCAGGAGCCCGGCACGGUGGCGCUGGUCAGCAAAGUGGGGUAUAAGCUGCAUGGGCGCACCCUGAGGCCCGCCCUGGUGGGGGUGGUGAAGGAGGCUUAGCGGCCUCGAGGGCUCCUGCGGGCUCUUUGUAGUCACUUGCUGUAAGUCUUGAGAGGCUGGUUCAUCUUCUCUAUGAAUAUUUCUGACCCUUCCCCAGUCCUUGUUGGAAAGCUUUAGUAACCAGUGCCUGAACAGAAAAUUAAGCCGGUUGUGCAGAUGCGUGAAUGAACUUGAAUUGGGGAGUCUGUUCGUUGAUUUUUAAUAUACCUUUAAUCGCUCCACACGCUUAGAGAACAGGCCAGCGGGACACGACUGGACCCUAGAGGGUCAUGAACCACGCUCUAGCUGCUCAAAGCCUGGCGACGUCCAAGUGCCAUAAAUGAGUCCGAUGGCUUCGGGAACCCCACUGUUGGGCUGGCUGGCCACCCAGCCUCGCCGGGCCCUCCGGCACACUGUGGCACACGGGGUCCUGGGUGCUCAGCCCGUACCUUCAUCCAGUGAAGGGAGGGCGAGAGCCAGCUGCUCAGAGAAGUUUCCCCAUGCCCUCGCUGAAGAACAUACAUGAGUUCAUUUAUAAUCGUCACCGUCUAGCUUCGAAAAUGCCCAACUUCCGGCUUCCUUCUGCAGAUUGGAAGUGAGCACACACACCUGAACAGAUCUCACCACCGUAUUUUGCCAGUUACUGAAUUUGACAAAAUCGGUCACUUUUGCCCCGUUGUUCAUCUGUUUGUAGAAAUGUUCAGAUCUCUCUCAGCUAGUUACUGAUGACUUGAAUGUAUCCCCAGUGAGAUGGACUUGCUCAAAAUCCAAAAAUUGCAUGCUUGGUACAUUUUAAAUGUUAAUGCUGAAUUUUUUAAAUUUUAUUUAAGAGGAUUAAAGCCCUAAUAUGUUUAUUUUCCUACUUUUUGGAAACUAUUUUGUGUACUUCGGUGGAGGAGAUCCACCUACACUAAGCAUGACUUAGCUUUGCCGCUCUCGGCUCAAAUUCUGAAGCCGUGGGCUGGACACUUAGACACGCCACACACAUUAGCUUCCCUGUGGGAAGGGAGAGCAGGAGGAACCGGGCCUCUACUGGGGGCAGACGGCCCCGGGGAGGGGACCGGGGGGGCCUGCACGCACCAGGAGCCCGGCAGGAGCACCCACGGUCUGCGCCGCACCACACCGCAGGCCCCUCCGUCCUCAUUCACACUGGGGCUCGAGCGAGGGAGCGGUUACAAACCAGAGAAAACCCAGCCUUCCGCCAUCUGCUGCAGAGAGGGGUUUCUAGAAUUGAAGGUCGACACUGGUAAAUUCGUUUAUGGCAUAAAAAAGGUGGGGCAGUUUACUUUGCUUGUAAUUUUCAAAGAUGUAGGUAGUGUUCCCAUAAUUAAAAAUUUAAUUUAUACUGUUUCAAA